AUGUGCCGCGCAGAAGCAACGACGCUCCAAAUCUGCACCCUCUGCAGCACAUCCGCCGUCAAGCCCUGCGGCGCCGUCGAAAAGUGCCCCGCCGCCCCGGCCUCCGAACCCCACUGCGGCGUCCUCCGCGUCCCGGCCCCCGGCCGCCCCGACCCGGACGUCGAGCACACCUCCGGGCUCGAGUUCGAGUCGCUACAGGUGGCCCGCGGAUACACCGCCAUCAAUCCGAACCUCCACCGCCGCCCCAAGCCCAAGGCCUACACCUGCGAGCUGUGUCUCGACCACUACGGCCCCGAGGAAGCGAGAAAGAGAGCGGCGUGGUGGCGCAAGGAGCAGAGGUCAGUCAUCAAGGGGAUGAGAGUCACGCCGGGGCUGUCCAUGGCAGGUUGGGUUGACGUUCUUCGAUAA